AGAGAGUACACCGCCAUGUGCUGUUCUGCACAGAGGCUGCAGUGGCACCCAGAAGUGAACAAAGCGACCCGGAAGCGCUGCUGGAACUGGAGGCAGGCAGAAAGAAAGAACAUCCAGUCUUUUUUAUAUGAAAGCUGUGCUGGCAAGACAAUACCUGCAGUCAGGACCAAAAGGAUGGCGGAGCCUCGAUUUAACAACCCUUAUUUCUGGCCGCCACCUCCAUCCAUGCCUGGCCAGCUGGAUAACCUGGUGCUCAUUAACAAGAUCAAAGAGCAGCUGAUGGCCGAGAAGAUCCGACCCCUGCACCUGCCGCCUACCUCCACCCCUUCCCAGCAACCCUUGUUGGUGCCCACCUCCCCGGAUGGCAACGCCCAGCAUGGUAUGCAGAUGCCUAAGCCGCAGCAGGUGCCCAGUCACCACCCACAGAGUUCCGUACAGUUAGACAUCGCUUUACACGGCCGGCAAGUCUCCAACUCUGGACCAGAUGGAAACAUGGACGACAAGGCAGCUCUGAAGGCCAAGGGAUUAUGGGAAGACUGGCACAUGAGGCAACUGAGUGAGCAACACAGCCGCAACAACCAUCGCUCAGGUCUGUCUCCUUCAUCCCGACCCGACAGCCACAGCACCUCAGAGGUUCUAACUCCCACGACUCUAACCUCAAGCAGCCAGAACCGCAUGGGCGGUGCCCCCUCUGUCAAUAUCCUCUCCGGGUUGGCGAGUGGCAUGGACCACAUGAAGGUUGGAGGCCUGGCAGGACUGUUGGGCCCCCCACCCAAAGCACCGCGAGGGCGUAAGAAGAUUAAAGCUGAGUCAGGUCCUCUGCUGGUUGUCCCCUACCCGAUUCUAGCGGACCAAGGCUGCAUCACUGUGGCACCCAAAGAGGGGAAAACCUACAGAUGCAAAGUGUGCCCACUCACCUUCCUGACCAAAUCGGAGAUGCAGAUCCACUCCAAGUCCCAUACGGAGGCCAAACCGCACAAGUGUCCCCACUGCUCCAAGACGUUCGCCAACGCCUCUUACUUGUCACAGCACCUGCGCAUCCACCUGGGUAUCAAGCCCUACCACUGCUCCUACUGUGAGAACUCCUUCCGCCAGCUCUCACAUCUGCAGCAGCACACCAGAAUCCACACCGGCGACAGACCCUAUAAAUGUGCUCACCCUGGAUGUGAAAAAGCUUUUACGCAGCUGUCCAACCUUCAGUCUCACCAGAGGCAGCACAAUAAAGACAAGCCAUACAAAUGUCCCAACUGCUACCGUGCCUACUCCGACUCAGCAUCGUUGCAGAUCCACUUGUCGGUGCACGCCAUCAAAAACGCCAAGGCCUACUGCUGUAGCAUGUGUGGCCGGGCGUACACCUCAGAGACCUACCUUAUGAAGCACAUGUCCAAACACACGGUGGUGGAGCACCUCGUAAGCCACCAGUCCCCCCAGAGGACCGAGUCCCCAGGUAUCCCUAUACGGAUCUCUCUUAUCUGAGCCGUCUGGUGCUCAGUGCGGUCCAAUUUAAUGUCAACUUUAGGCAGGAGCUUUCCGGGCCCUGCACCUAAGGCCAUCUACAUAAGGCUUACAUUAGCAUUAUGACAGCUGACAUAAGCAUUCAGCGCUAGAGUCGAGAGCAGCGCGCCUCCUUCCGUCUUGAUGCGGGCGUCCAGUGGAAAACGAGCACGGCUUUAUUUUGUGAAUGUAACAAAUACAGCUAGAUGUUGUCCAGAGGAUGGAGUGGCAAAGAAUGUCUUGCGUCAGAUUUAAUAAGCACUUUCGUAAGCGUCAUGUAAAAAGCCAGAUGCAUCGGCCAUCCAAAAUGUGUUUUUUGCCCCCCUCCUCCAUGAAAUGGGUUUCCAAAUACGCCAGAUGAUAAAUGCUCCUCGAGGAAAAAAAUGAAUUAAGUUUUAAAAUGUUUGCUGGGUGUAUUCUGGAGAUAUCCAAAGAUAAUCUCAAAGCACUUUUUAGGCCAUGUCGUGUUGGCUCAAAUUGUUUAAAUCAUGUCUGAUGAGAAAAUGCCAAAAAGGGCAUUAUUUGUGGCAGCUAAGAGCACUGACUGCGUAGAAAACAGUCUUUUCUGUUAUUUUUUCCUUUGUUGUACUCACAUUAUUUGUGCAAGAAUACAUUUACAGGGUCAUUGAAAUUUGAAGAAAGGCAAUCAGAUGACUGAAGCAUUUAGUGAUCAUUCUGUUUUACCGAUGCAAGGAAGGAGGAAGUUAAAGGAAUAAUCUUUAAAUUUUACUCCCCCUUCGACGGCACCUUGGGAUCAUACCAUAUGAUCGAAGUAACACUGCUUUUUAAAUGACCUUUCCCGUUACAUCCCACAAACUAGUGCCAUAUUUUGAAAGCCAAUCUUGUAAUAUUUGUCCACUUCCUCCAAUCAGUUUGACAAGUAUUUGUUGCUGAGGUCCUAGUCAUUGUAAGGUAAGCUCAGCUCUACUUUAAGAACAAUAUAAGUAAAAAAGUACACAUUUUAUUUUAUUCAAGUAGCAAAUUUAACUCUAAUCAUCGGACCAAAAUGUGAAGCAACUGUACAGCACUCGCUCAGUAAGGAUUUUUGUCAUCAGAUGAAUUGUUUUGAAAUUAACUGCAGUAUAAACAUCUUCCAUUAUGCUUACAUGGGACGCCUUACUCUUGUAUGUUCUCUCUCCAGUAGUAUUAUUUUUACUGUACACAGUAUUCUUUGUUGGGUUUUUCCUGUUGUACUUUUUAACCUCUGGAUGGUACUAAUAGGGUUGGCUGUAUUUUUCAGGGCACUUACAGAAAGGUGCUAUGUAUGACAAGGCGUCACAUCCAGGAUAAAAGCACGAAUAAUGUUUAAAAAAAAAAAACUUUAAAAAAAUUGGUAAACUGAAAUAGUCAAAGCGUAGUCCUGGGCAACAAUUGACACUUGACACCAAUGACAAACAACACAUCCUGCCUCUUUAAAAAAACAUUUCUGUUUGGAAAUCAUGGACAAUAUCCAUGUUGCUGUACGGUUUAACAUAUUACUCAUUUAUAGUAUAUAUUUUAAAGGUUUAUGGACAAAAGUAUUUGGACAUGUCAUGCUUUGCUGAUAGAAGCGAUCAGGACUUAAUGUCAGCAUUUGGGGUGACCAGAUCCCAAUUUAGGACUACGUUUUUGUUGGACAAUGUGGGAAACCAAUGCAUAGAAGUUGCUUGAAAUAACUUAAAAAAACAUUAAAAGUUUUGCUUUUCAAGUUAUAACAUAACUACAUUUUACCAGGCGGUGAUUCAGUAGCAUAUUACAGACUGCAAAUAAAAGCUUAAAUAUAUGUUAUUUAAAUACAACUUUCCCGAGCGCUCUCACGUAAGAAAACAGUAAGCAUGGUGCUUUGGGAAAAAUUGCACCUGAAUAUUAAAAAGACUACCAAAAACAAUAAAUAGGCUGUCUCUCUGUGAAGAAAAGGCCAAAACAUGAAAUAAAAUGGCAUAUCGACUUUCGACAAACAAAAUUGUACUUCAAUUUUGAACAUCUUGAAAUACAGUUUUCCCCCCUAGUUUCGAAAACAGGGUUGAGUGAUUUGUUUUGUCUAUUUUUUGUUGCUUUAAUUUCCAAAACAAAUGUGGUGUACUGGUUCAAUUGUGGUGAUGGGCACACCUUACUCACUCGGUUUGAAGCUGACAUAUUCUCACACAGGGACAUUUAGCUUUGCAAUCAUAUUUUUUUCCUCCUAAUUCCCACUGUGUUACCACCUUGCAGUGCUUCACCGGUGUCACAGCACUGUGUGUGCGUAAGCUAGCGGUUCCACCUCCAUCCACAGAGACAAAGAGAGUGGAUGACUGGAAAAAGGGUUCACUUUAUUAAAUUAAUUCUGGUAUUGAACAAAUGUGCCCAGGUGCUUAAACUGAUGCAGAGUGAACCGUCUUGCAGCCCGUUUGGAGAGACGGUGAAAACCAACACGCACGGACAUGGCAAUUUAUCGAUAUUGGCAAAAGAGUUUAUUUUAUUAUAUCGUUUGAUUUAUUGAUUAUCGGCCCAGCACGAUCUGACUGUCAAAAACAAUGCAGUACAACUUCUCAAUUUGCGGCACUUGUGAAAAAUAAUGGAAAUGUUUGAUUGUCCCGCACAUCUGGUCACCCUAGUAAGCAUACAAAAGGUGCAACGACAGCUUUGGGUUUGAGAUAGGCCCCAUUAAAAGACAUGUGGUACAAUGCUAUGCUCCAAACUUUGCGGUAAACAUUUAUCAAAAGACAAUCUCUAUAUUCCAACAUGACUCUGCCCUAGUGUACAAAUCAAGGAUAUGAACUCCAAAAUCUCAUGGAAAGCCCUCCAAGAAGAGUGACUACAACAGCAUUAUCAUUGGUGGCCAAAUACUUUUGCCUAUAUAUUGGAUAUUCUGUUUGGAGAGGGAAAAAAAACUAUAUAUGACCUUUUAGUCUUUGUAUGUUAUUAAUCAUGUUUUGUAUUGGUUAUUUUACAUGUAAGCCUUAACUGUUUUAUCAUGACAUCUCCAUUACUCUGUAUUGUGUUCUGCAGUAUUCAAUCCGGUUUUAUUUUUUCCAUUUUCCCUCCCGCAUGGAGCUGUAAUCUGUAUAACCGUUUAACCGGAGUUUUUUUUAUGGGAAAAAAAUAUUGCGUAGAUUUAUUAAACCUUUUCCUGUCUUGCAUUGUGGCUUCAUAUACGGUUUGUAGACAACGUAAUAUGCACAACCAAGACUGAGAAGUUAACCCAUGGGUUAGCAAUGUUUAAAAAGAAAAAGCUUUGUAUCUUUACCUUGUUUAAUAA